CUUUUGUCGAAUAUUUACUGAAGCCUCUUAUAAGAAUCUUUCUCCACACUCAAGCUGCAACAAGCCCUAAUCGGUGGAAACCCUAACCGGUGACUGGAUUAACACUGAUAACAAAACGUCGAAAAUGGACCUGGAUGAUUUGGGAGAGCUCGACGGUUCAAGUCAGGCCAAUACUCGAACCACCAAAUUCGCGCCCAAAUCUUCCAAAUUCGCACCCAAACUCAAAUCCACCUCUAAGCCAAAACCUGAACCCUCAUCCAAACAAGAGCCUCAAGACUCCGCGCCCAAACCCCAACCACCACCUGUGGAAGCAGUUUCCAAAAAGAAAGAAAACGAUGAAGAAGAUGUCAAGCCGCCGAUGGUUGCUGAACCGAAAGCCGAACAAUCGAUAUCAAAUGGCGCGGUGAAGAUGGAGAUUGAUGAGGAAACUAAAGAAGAUGAGAUCUUGACUGAAGCCAACAGAGAAGAAGAUCAAGGAGAAGAAGAAGAUAUGGUUGUUCGCGAAAUCGACGUCUUCUUCACUCCUUCAAUUGACGCCGACGCUCAGUUAUAUGUUUUGCAAUAUCCUCUAAGGCCUUGCUGGCGACCAUACGAAUUGGAUGAACGAUGCAAGGAGGUACGGGUGAAACCUGAUAGUGGGGAAGUGGAAAUUGACAUGUCUGUUGAUGUUGAUUCGAAUAAUUACGACAGUGAAUCUGCUAACAAAUUGAAGAUGACGAAGCAGACCUUAUCUUCUUCAUGGCUGCCACCACGUCCAUCUGGCUAUGCUGUUGGAGUUUUAAUGGGUGAUAAGUUGCACCUAAAUCCUAUUCAUGCAGUUGUUCAGCUCCGACCAUCAUUGGCACAUCUCAAGUCUGGUGUCUCAAAAAGAAAGGACACAGUGGCUGCUGAAGCAGAAGUUACUGUUAAAGUAGAACCUAACGAUGGGAAAGCAGCUGGUCCAUCUGCCAAGCAGAACCAGAAAGUGCAGUCCUCAACUGAGCAAAAGGCAGAAGAUAAAGAGUGUUGGGUUCCGCUCAAGUAUCAUAGCUCCAAGAGUGAUUUUUCUGCUCAGUAUCUGCAGAAAAUGAUGGCAGAACAAAGCUCCCCAAUUGAGUUUACUUUGAACCCGUAUGAUUAUGUUGAUUCCUUGUGUCCUCUACCAAGCAACAACAAUAAAGCACAACGUUUAUCCAGAAGGUUGUUAUGUUCAAUUCCACUUGAAGACCGUUUGAAGAAAUUACUGACCGAGGGGCGUCCUUUUCACCACUUCAACACUCUCAAAAGGCACUAUGCUCCUGAUGACCCAAUUGAAGAAGUUUUUGAAGUCCUUCAGAAGCAUGCUUUAUUAGUGCAGGGACUCUGGGUUCCCAAGAGCUCAUUAUUAUUUCCGGGGGAUCCGUCUAAAUCUUUAGCCAGAGACUAUGUGCUUCUCUUAUUCAGCAAGAACCCAUUCAUAAGCUAUGACAAAGUAAACAACCUUUCCACAAGUCGCAAAGAAGAAGUGAAAGGCUUUCUGAAAAUCUUAGCCAUUGAGAGUCCUCCCUUGAAAGGUUGGAAGUUAAAAGAGAAUACUGAUGAAAAUUUCAAAAAAGAAUAUCCAGAUAUUGUUAAGAAACAAGAACAGAUUUGGAAAGCUGGAGAAGACAAUGUAACUAAUCAUAUUUGGCGAGGUGCAAAGGGUGGCCCUAGUAGAACAAAGCCUGGCACAGUCAUAAAGUCAGAAAAAGCAGGGAACUCUGAUAAAGUUGCAAGAAAGGUUGCACCUGGAGCACAUGCUGGGAGGACAAUGUCUGAUGAAACUCGAGAAGCUAUACCAAAGGCCCUGAAAAAAGUGUUUCAAACUUACAAAGUUUGCAGCUUGCAACUGAUUCGCAAAGGUCUACGAGAUUUGGCUCUUUCCCAGUCUACCCUUCCCAAGGCAGAUGCUAGACUGGUAGUUAAGGCAGCAUAUGGUGCUGAUGCACCUGAGCAUGAGCUCCAGGAUGUCGUUAGUCAAGUUGCAGUAGAACUUCAUGGUGGUCUUUUUGUUAUGAAGUCAUCCCAAGAGAAUCCAGAAUGUGAUCCAUUGAGGGAAGUUGUGAUUAAUCUUCUUCGUGUGAAAGACAAGCUCAAGAAGGCUGAGGUCACAGCUGCUGCCCAAGUUAGUCUUAAGAGGGACAUUACGAAUAAUGAAUAUAACAAGGUAAUGAGUGAUUUUUGCGAGUAUAAAGGUAACUGGUGGGUAUUGAAAAGUGGUGAUGGGAAGCCAAGCUAAUUUGAUCUAAAAUUAUAAUGUUCAUUGAGGAUUGCUGAUGAAAAUAGGGCAAAAGAGGAGGUAUUUAACCUUGAAAUAUAUUAACAAAAAUAUAGUUUUGUGAUGGUAUGUAUAGCUUUCUGUUUUUGUUUCUCAUAUACAUUCAGUGAAUUGAUAGGCCAAAUUACAUGGGAUGGGAAUUUACGCAUUGCACUGGGUAAUUUCUGGUGGAACUCACCCUUUUUUUACCCACGAAGGUACAAUUAAGAUUGAUAUUGUAGUAGUGGGUUCCAAAUUGCAAUGUUGUUGGAUCGGGUUGGAUUGGACCAGAACUUGGUUGGAGUAUUGGUCUGGUUUGAGGGAUUAGAUCAGUUGACUCACAAAUCAGUACAAAUUAGUUGAAUUGAGAUAAAAGAAAAUUGAUUAAAUCA